CACUUUUGAAUGACCGAUGUGGAUGUAUUCACCACGCAAAGCUUGGCUUUGGCCCAUGCAUGACUACAUGCAUACAUGGCUAGCCAGUAGCUAGCGUUGAAUUUAUAACGCUACAUUAGUUACAAUCGCUCUGGACUUCAGUCAAAUUUGGCAUGGUUAAUUCACGUUACAGGCAUUUUAAAAUGACAUGUUACGGACACCCUUACGUUAUUUGUUGUUCACUACCGUCUCUUGUCUUUGCGGAUGCAGCAGUGCACAGUAGUCGGUGCAUCCGGAGUUUGUGUCCGAGCCGUGAUCCUAGGUCGUGGUCCAGAGACUGGAGUUGUUGACAAGAAGUGCUCCCGAAACCAGGCGAAGCUGGUGGCCUGUUAUGCAGACAAGGAGGUACUUGUAACACAGCUUGGUCCAAACUCCUUCCUUGGGCAGUGAGAGUCUUGGUAGAGGCCAGUCUGGCCGACUGACCCAUGACAGCACCCUCUACCUGGUCAGCCAGAGCCACCCCUUCAGAGUGUAGUUCUACUUCCAACGAAACCUCCUCAUCCACUGCCCAGAAGGGGAAGGCUGUAGAAAGGUUGAAAGUGUUGGAUAAGACCAAAGGAGGAAUGAACAACAGUUUCAGAGCACAGGUCUCAAACGCUGUAUCUAAUACUUUUUUGCUUCCUCUCCCGAGAAGGCAUCCAAGAGGCCACGCAGUUCUUAGGAGGACCCGCAGGAGAAGCGUCAGAGGACUGAGGGCUCAGACAGUGGGGGCGAGGAUGAGGCUGAGAAGCUUGCUGAGGAGAAGCUCUGACAGCUCCAAGAGAUAUCAGAGAGGGCUUCAGGGGCCAUCAGAGAUGGUUUCCAGCAGCAGGCAUCAGCCUCGGCAUGUUCUCAAAGCCACUGGCAACAAAUUGGAAACCUCAUGCUCUACACAGCUGCUGGCAUCACUGGAAGCACCAAGGAUUCUCUUUACUGAGAUCCAGCCCAGACAGGCCAGCUUAUUAAAUAAAGGCUACAAGGUUGUGUUCGUCACCAUUCAGAUGGGUAUCUCUAGGGGGAAACUGAAACCUGAGGAUUUCAAGUCUAAAGUGGAGACCAUUCUGAAGACAUUACAGCUCCCCGCACAGGAAGUCAGUGAUGGGGAUGUGGGAGCACCUUUGUGAGAAGGCCACAACACGGGUGUGUCGCAAAAGGUUCACAAUACCAACUCCCUUUGGCACUGUCGAGUUGUGCUUGUCAUCCUCUUCGACCACAUUACCCUGGUGAGUCAUGACGUCCACUUCGACCACAUUACCCUGGUGAGUCAUGACGUCCACUCCGACCACAUUACCCUGGUGAGUCAUGACGUCCACUCCGACCACAUUACCCUGGUGAGUCAUGACGUCCA